GACCGUUCGAAAACUGGGAGCAAGAAACGUUGCCGAAAUUUCGAAGCGCUGGGGUUGUCGAUCUCCUCUUCCGCCAUUGGCAGCCGCCGCAAGAACCGCCCUCAAGGCCGUGGAGUUCUUGAUGAAUGGCGGCCACGUCGUGUGCUCAAAGAGGCACCGCGGUCGGAGCCUAUCUGGGAGUCGAGCCAUGGCUUCUGAGGCCCUCGACUGGAUACGGCCGCCGCCUCCGGACGACGAAAGUGCCGCCACUUCCUGCUUCCCGUCGGAAUCCUCUGCUGCUGAGAAGAUUCGUGAACCCUCUAGCCAAGAACUGCAUGCUCGCUUCUUGCAGGCGGUGAAGAAAUUAUCGGGAUCGGGCCAUGUUUCCCUUCCAAAGAUCGGCUCCAAACCAAUCCACCCACGCCCGUUUGAUUACAAUAGGCUGAUGAGGGCCUUCGGCCAGGUCGGCGAGGUUGAUGAAGUCCUCCGCCUCUUCGGCGAGAUGAAAGAAUCCAAGUGCAAACCGAACGUUCUCUGCUACAACACGGUCAUCAACGCCCUGGUUAUGGCAGAGCGUCCGGAAGAAGCCGAAGCAGUAUUCGAGGAGAUGAUCUUGUCGGGGGUAAGCCCCAAUGUCUCCUCCUAUAACAUUCUCGUAAAGAUGCAUUCUUGGUAUGCGAGACGAUUCGAUCUGGCCUACGAGGUCCUUCUGAGGAUGAAGGGUUGUGGGCACAGUCCCGACACCACCACGUACUCGACAUUGAUUGCGGGUCUUUGUAGGGUAGGGAGAAUUAGGGAGGCAUUGGGUGUUUUAGAUUGGAUGCUGGAGGAGAAAUGCUCGCCCACCGUCCACACUUAUACGCCCAUCGUGCAAGGUUAUUGUCAUGAAGGAAGAAUUGAAGAGGCUAAAAGUUUGAUGGCUGCUAUGAGGAGUGUCGGUUGCCCUCCGAAUUGUGUGACCUACAAUAUAUUGAUCGACGCACUUUGCAAAGUGGGGAGCUUUAAUGAGGUUGAGAAGGUUUUAGGAGAAAGUGAGUUGAAGGGUUGGAAGCCUAAUGCGAUCACCUAUAACACGUAUAUCGAUGGCCUUUGUAAGAGCCACAAGGCUAAAGAAGCAUUCCAGAAAUUGGAAGUUAUGCUGGGGAAUGGAUUGUCUCCCACUGCAGUCACUUUGAAUAUCCUUCUUGAUUGCCUUUGUCAUGAUUCAAAAGUUUGGGAGGCCAAAUGCUUAUUGGAGAGGAGCUCUGAACUGGAAUGGGAUGUUGGUGUUGUUGGUUACAACACUGUGAUGAGCAGGUUAUGUGAGAUUGGGAGAUGGUCGGUUGUUCUUAAGCUCUUGAUUGACAUGUUUAAAAAGGGGAUCUCCCCAAAUACUAGGACAUUUAACAUUGUGAUUCAUAGCCUUUGCAUAGGUGGAAAAUUUCGCAAAGCAAAAUGUUUGAUUAGCAGCAGAGGGUUCGUUCCAGAUGUGGUGACAUAUAACACGAUGAUUCAUUGGUUUUAUCUUGAGGGAACGAUAAAUGAGGUUCAGCAUCUUUUUUAUAACAUGGAUGUGCAGAAGAUAACACCAGAUGCAAUCACUUACACAAUUUUGAUUAAUGGCCUUUGUAAACAAGGAAAGUAUUUGGAGGCUGCUGAUUGUUUCCUUGGAUCUCUGGAAUAUGGAUAUUCUAAGGAUCUUGUUGUAUCUCUAACUUGUAGGCUGAUUAGGUGUAGAAGACUCAAAGAAAUGCUCGAUCUAUGGAAAGGAUUGGAGAGGCAGGGGUUUUUUCCAGAUGUACUUAUCUUUGAAACAACAAUCAGGGCAUUUUGCAGGGAGGGUUUUUGUCGAAGCACAGAUAUUUAUAAAGUUUGUCUUGUUCUGGACCAAAUGCUUCGGAGGAGUUAAACUCUUGCUGGAUGUUGGAUUUGUUUAAUAUCACAUUUCUUUUUCAUUGGAGAACAUGAACGUAUGGGAGGUCGGUGGAUAGCCUUGAGAGUUAACUGUGGGAGGAAGGAGACUCCUGGGUUUCAGUAAUGCAUUUUGCGAUGCUGACAUUCAUGAUGCCUGGUUAUUGUUGUUUCUCCUGGGCAAGACAAGUACAUGCAGAGUGAAGCAACCCUGCCAGGGGAAUAGGAAUUGUAUGUUUAAUUAUGAGGCAGUCGAUGGAGAUGCAGGGCCAAUUUCUGCAGUUAUUACAAAGAGAUUUAAGGAGGGCAGAAGGUAAUGAGAUAUCGUGAUGCCCUGCAUGUCUUCAAGCUUGUGGGGUCAUCAUAGGCAAAGCUGUAUGCAUGAGGGCAUACGGACUUGAAGAUGCGGGAGAAAAGUGUUGGCUUGCAACUAUUUGGGGAACUGUAGUUCCCAGUGCAGCAAUACUUGUCCCUCUUCAGAGCCAGGCAUGCACUCCUACACCCAACCACCUUCCCUUGCCGCUUCUCCUCAAACCUGGAAGGGCAGCAGACGUUCAAGUCCACCUCACAUCCUGCCGCACCGCACCCAUUCUGUCCCCCGAUUGGUUUCAUUGUAACUGGAAGAUUGAACCCAUCCACCAGGCUCACAUCAUAGUAGUGAAGUGGUGAUCUGGCAGUGCCAAAGGUCAUCUCAACAACUGUAGCUGGCGGUGUUCCACUCAUGCCCUGGCAAUGGAGUAGCCUGCUGCAGUCCCCUGUCUCACAGCAGCCUUUGCCUUGUUUAUCAAAGCUGCAGCCUUUCCUGGCCCAUAUCCUCCCAGACCAGCCGGUAGGCACGUCGAAGAAUGUCUCCUCGAACGCAUCAAGAUGGAAGCCUCCAUCUUCUGGGGUCGGGUGACCUGCAUUCCCGAGUGUUCCAGGCCAUAUGCUAUGGUUGCAAUUGUUGACUAGUAUGAGUUGGAUCUCACCUGCAAGAGAGGAGAAGUGGAGAAGGAAGAAUUCAAAUUCCCUGGUCAGCAAAAUUAAGAAUACAAGGAUGAUCGUUCACUUUACAUUUGAUCUUACAUGAUAGCGUGAUGGACAAGCAGAUCCAGAGGAGGAAAAAGUUUAGUUUGUGCGUUAGCAUUCUCCCCAGUUCUAUGGUGUUUUUGAUGUUGGCUUAGUGGUGUCGGUUUGCGUUUUUCUUUCUCGGUGGGAGGGGAGUUAUAUGUGAUGUUUGGAAGAGCAAAGAGACGGUGGAGUGGGGGUAGUGGCUUCCCUGAAUUUCGUUGCCACACUACCACUUGUAACUUCAUUUUAUUUAUUUAUCUAAUCUAUCUAUGUAUCUAUAGUCUCCUUUUGCUUU